GUUCAGGGUGUCCUGGCAGCAGGCAGCUCCUUUGCUCCACCCUCUGCCCUGCACGCCGGCUCGUCCGGCUUACCGAGAAUUUGCUGCGCCCGAGCUGCCGGCGACGGGGACCCGAUCGGUGCGGCUGCUCGGGUGGGAGCCGGGCCCCCAGCAUGAAGCACUUCUCCUGCGAGCCGCGGGCAGCCUUCGCUGUGCUCUUCCUCACCACCAUGCUCCAGCGUUCCUGCUCAGCAGCUGAAGAUGUCUCCAAUGUUUCAACAAGCUCCAUGCUCACAACUGAGUACGAAGCACCAUGUCUUAACAUGAACUUCUGCGCGCAAGCGGCCACGUGCUGCCCGACGGGGGUGGACGAUUACGGGUGGAUCGCAGCCGCCGUUGGCUGGAGCCUCUGGUUUCUGACUCUCAUCCUGCUCUGCGUGGACAAGGUCACCAAACUCCGGCCCGACGAACCCAAGUAUCUGGUGGCCUGAAGCAGGGCGAGCCAGCAAGCGGCAGCGCCCGGGAGCAGUGCGGUGCACAGGCUGACCAAGCAUUUCAAGCACUUCCCUAGAAAAAAAAAAAAAAAAAAAAACAAAACAACAAAAAAACCAAAACCAACAAAAAAAAAAAAAAAAAACCAAACCAAAACCAAACAACAAAACCAAAAAAAUGAACCUUCAGCCAAAAAAGGCCAGCUCUGAGUGAGUCACCUGCUGGGGCUUCAUCCUUCUGGGCAGGUCAGAGCUACCAGCCCAGGUGUGGAGCAGGGAAGUCCCUGCAAACCAUCACGGAUGUCCCCCAGUGCACAGAAAACCUUUUCCCCGGGCCCUUUCGUGCUUGCUGUGGGUGCGCCAGCAGCAACGAGGUGCUGAAGGACCCACUGCCAGGCUGUAGCACGUCGCCCUAAGGCAACCCAGUGCAUCACCUUUGACUCUGGAACAGCAAGUGGGCAAAUAAAGCUAUUUUCUGGAGGAUCAACGUUACCAGGUCCAUUACUAACCUGUAGUCCAGGUUACAUCAGUGAGUGGAUGUAACUCAUUGACUAUACUGAGUCAUCCUCACUCACUAAACUGCCACCUUUUAAAGUCUAUUAACUGAUACCAGUGAAAACUCUGUAAUGGAAACUUAAGAAUUGUUUGGGUUGGUUUGAAAUGAAAACUGGCUUUUCCAGAGCCGUUUAUAUGUGAAUGGUUUUGUAGGAAUUGAACGUUGGUUGUAUUUAUUCAGCUUGCGCCUGCCUGUGUAACGAAGCCAAGCUGAACUGUGGCAAGUGGGUUUAAACCAGCGUAUCCGAUUCAUGCACAAAACUGCUCCUAUUUAUGCAAGAUGAUAAUAAACGUUCUUAUUUAUGGAAA